GUAUAAAGUUUGCUGUCUCCUUUGUUCGCCCUCGUUGCGCAGUAGUGCGAGUGGCUUCUCGCUUCCUUUCUCGGGAUCGACCACCUUCCCGCGUGCUGAGCUGCUAGGAAGCCGCGAUCGGCGAGCUCGUAGGAGCUUGAAACAGUUGCCACCCCUCCGACUUUCACCAGAGGGAAAAAAUGGUUGAAGCAGAUCGCCCAGGAAAGCUCUUCAUCGGUGGCCUCAAUACAGAAACAAAUGAGAAAGCUCUUGAAGCAGUAUUUGGCAAAUAUGGACGAAUAGUGGAAGUUCUCUUGAUGAAAGAUCGUGAAACCAACAAAUCUAGAGGAUUUGCUUUUGUCACCUUCGAAAGCCCAGCAGAUGCUAAGGAUGCAGCGAGAGACAUGAAUGGAAAGUCCUUAGAUGGAAAAGCCAUCAAGGUAGAACAAGCCACUAAACCAUCAUUUGAAAGUGGUAGACGUGGACCACCUCCACCUCCAAGAAGCAGAGGCCCUCCAAGAGGCCUUAGAGGCGGAAGAGGAGGAAGUGGAGGAACCAGGGGACCUCCCUCACGUGGAGGGCACAUGGACGACGGUGGUUAUUCCAUGAAUUUUAACAUGAGUUCUUCCAGGGGACCACUUCCAGUAAAAAGAGGACCACCGCCACGAAGUGGGGGUCCUCCUCCUAAAAGAUCUGCCCCUUCAGGACCAGUUCGCAGCAGCAGUGGAAUGGGAGGAAGAGCUCCUGUAUCACGUGGAAGAGAUAGUUAUGGAGGUCCACCUCGAAGGGAACCCCUGCCCUCUCGUAGAGAUGUUUAUUUGUCCCCAAGAGAUGAUGGAUAUUCUACUAAAGACAGCUAUUCAAGCAGAGAUUACCCAAGUUCUCGUGAUACAAGAGAUUAUGCACCACCACCAAGAGAUUAUACUUACCGUGAUUAUGGUCAUUCCAGUUCACGUGAUGACUAUCCAUCCAGAGGCUAUAGUGAUAGAGAUGGCUAUGGUCGUGAUCGUGACUAUUCAGAUCAUCCAAGUGGAGGUUCCUACAGAGAUUCAUAUGAGAGUUAUGGUAACUCACGUAGUGCUCCACCUACACGAGGGCCCCCGCCAUCUUAUGGUGGAAGCAGUCGCUAUGAUGAUUACAGCAGCUCACGUGACGGAUAUGGUGGAAGUCGAGACAGUUACUCAAGCAGCCGAAGUGAUCUCUACUCAAGUGGUCGUGAUCGGGUUGGCAGACAAGAAAGAGGGCUUCCCCCUUCUAUGGAAAGGGGGUACCCUCCUCCACGAGAUUCCUACAGCAGUUCAAGCCGCGGAGCACCAAGAGGUGGUGGCCGUGGAGGAAGCCGAUCUGAUAGAGGGGGAGGCAGAAGCAGAUAUUAAAAACAAACAAAACUUUGGACCAAAAUCCCUGUUCAAAGAAACAAACAAAAGUGGAACCUAUUCUAUCAUAACUACCCAAGGACUACUAAAAGGAAAGAUUGUGUUACCUUUUUUAAAUUUCCUGUUAAGUUCCCCUUCCAUAAUUUUUAUGUUCUUGUGAGGAAAAAGAGUAAAACAUGUUUAAUCUUUGAUUUUAUGAAAUUGCUUUCAACGAGCAAAUGUUAAGUGUGUUAAGACUUGACAUGUGUACUAGUAUUGUAAUUUUCCAAGUAAAAGUGUCCCUAAAGGCCACUUUCUAUGAAUUUUUCCCCAGUAAAUGAUGAGGCAAGCAAUUCUAAGAUCUUUCACAAAAUAUCUAUUCAUCUAAAAUGGAGAGAUGACUCCUCCUGCCUAUACAAACAAGCUAGCUAUUAGAGGGUGGUUCGGGGUAUGCUACUCUUAGGAUUUCAGAGUGUCUUCAAACUGAAAUCUCAAUGUUCUCAGUAUGAAAAACCUGAGAUCAGAUGCUUAUAUUGUAAGGAAAAUGCUAUUCGCCCAGUAAACCCAAAAAAGCAAAUGGAUAGUGCUGGCCAUAUUUUGCUUUUCUGACAUUUCCUUGGGAAUCUACAAGAACCUCCCCUUUCCCCCUCCCCAAUAAGACCAUUUAAGUGUGUGUUAAGCAACUACAGAAUACUAAAUAAAAAGUUUGGCCAAAACCAACCAUGAAGCUGCAAACGAUGCUUGCUCUUACUGUUUCAAAUUUUUGCAACUCUGUAGUGUCUCACUUUUAAGGAACAGCUUGAUUGCAAAGGAGAAAAUAGAUAAGCAAUGAAGUUAUCUCCAACUUCUCAAAGGCUUAUGACUUCUAAAAAGUGAAUCUAUCAGCAUUCCACAUCAGAUUUAAAGCAUCAAAUGCCUGUGAAACAGCAAAGAUGGUAAGCAAAGCAAACUAGUUUUUCCGUCUAAGUCGAAAUUGAACACUUACCUUCCUCAUAGUACAGUGAAACAUACUGUACCUCAUGGCAAUGGAAAUGCUUUCUAGAUUAAAAAAAAAACUUUUGGAAAACAAAGUGUUCGAUAGCAUAUUAGAAGUCCUCCAAAUUCAACACUUGGAUUUUUUUUAAAAGCAUGUAUGACACUUAAAGGCCUUAAUACAGCUGUUGUUUACCAAUAGCGAUCUGGGGCUUGGGAGGGGGUAUUUUUUUAAAUCUGUUUUUGAUGAAGACCUUUAAACAUGCUUCAUGUUUUAACAUUUUUCAAAUUAUUCUUUUAGUCAAUGUAGGAAAUGGCUUAAGUUUGGGGUCCCCCUCUCUUUACCCCUGUAAGCCAUUGCAAACCUGACAUUUAGUUGGAUGCCUGACUUGUUUUUAGUUCUGUGAAACUACACUGUAUGGAGAAAAUCUAUUGCAAGUGGUCUUUAAAAAGCAAAACCUGAGGCAGCAUGACCCAGGUCCAGCCAUGAAGUUGAAAAAGAUGCUCUUGAAUAUAGUAAACUUGAAGACCUCCAACUAAAAAUCCUUACACUGCACUUAUUCCUUCAAAUAAGUUUUGUCCGUUCAACUUAUGGAUUUAACAUGGCAGUGCACCAUUGGAACAGAAUGGGGAUCCAUAAGCCAUGCAACUUAACCAUUUAAGCCAUUCCAGUCCAUCCCAAGCCAGUGAAGCUUCCACCACUUAAGAGAAAUAGUAGAACAUGAAAUACGUUAAGCUGCAAGUCUGAACUUGCCUUUUCUUUCUGGAAAAGGGGGCAGUUAUAGGCAAGUUUUGAAGAAUUUCCUUAAGAGGGAUAACUAGUUACCUAUUUAAUUUUUACAGGUUGAGAAUUUUGGUCAUGGUCAUGAUGGUCAUGGAGUGCUGAUUGAUUCACAAUAGAUAAAGCUGGCAGCAAGAGAAAUGCAAUGCUAAGAGUUGUUGAAGCAGAAGAAUGCUGAUUGUCCUUAAGGCACAACAGUUGCAUAAGCAGUACUCAUCAGAAUUGGUUUGGUGCAGACAAGAUUUUUGCCUUCCAGGGUUCCUGUGGAUCUAAGGAAGGCAUCAACGUUGGUUAGCACUUGUAACUAGGGAGUGGCAGUUACUUAAAAUAAGUAAUUGACCAGAUGGAGAAAGGGGAGCAAUUAAAGAAAUUGGUAAGUGGAGGUAGUCAGGAAGUUUUCAUGGUUCUUUAUGUAGAUCUUACAGCUUUGACUUUCAUUUCCUUUAGCCAAAGUCAUAGGGACAACUGCAAUUUAGAACUUCCUAAUUACCACUGAUUGUCAGAAAGUCGGAUUAGAAAAAUGAAAGGCAUAAGAGGUGACUUUAUCCAGUAAAGUGUCUGAUUUUCAGCAGGUAAAAUAUUUCUUGGUGUUAGUUUAUCCAGGAGUGAGAUUUAGUCUUAAAACUAAAGGGAAGACUAAUAUCUGGAAACUAAAGUAACUGGAAACAUAAAAUGCUCAAAAGCACACUUCUUAAAAACUGGAAACAAAAUUGGGCCAUUUGGCUUUUGCUAUUUUUUUUAAGUUAUUUUGUAAGCCUACUUUACCCCUCACCCCACUUCAUAUCUUAGAAACAAAUCAAGAUACAGUACAGCUUUGUCAUUUAUUGCAUUGGAGACUAGAGCCAAUAGUGUAAAAGCUAAUGUUCUCAAAGGAAACAGAUUUGAGUUGUUGGAUUAGGAGAAACCAACUCACCUUCUGAAUUUUUGCCUAGUAAAUAUCAGUACUAUCAUGUUUAACAUUUGCAAUCAUGGAAAAUAAUCAAGAAAUUUAACCCUCAUUUUGAUGGGCUCUUCUAAUCACAGACCAUCAGGGUAUUGAUCAAAUUUAAAAAACCACUGCACUUACAUAGCUGUCUUCCUCAGUCAUUCUGUAAUCUAAAUACUUGGGUUUAUGCUUCCGUGGACCUUUUGGCUCUUGAGAUUUUAUUUAGGUUAUCUUGAAGAUAAGUGUAGAACAUAGAGAUUAAUCAUAGUAAACAUGAAUACUAAAUUGAAGAACGCCUAAUGACCAGACAGCUGUUUGGCAAAUAGUUUGUUGACCCGGCAGAUUUAAUUCUGCUCCUGUUGGAAAAAGAAUCUGUCUUGAUUCUUCUGGCUUUAUACUGGUUGUAAAAGAAACAGAAUAACAUGUUUUUCUUGUUUAACUGGUAGUUGAAUAUAGAACUUAGGUAUAAUGGUUUUUCUCUUUUUGGAAUGUUUUGUAUUUGAACCUUAAUAAAACUUAACAUGCA